AUGCCCUCGUUCCAAGACAUAACGCGCCACGACGCCUCCCCCUCCUUCUCAAAGAACGCCGUCCUGGAAAGGGCCCAGUCGCAAUGGCUGUUCACUCCCGAAGAGCUGCUUCUCGCCCCAAGUAUACUGGAUGGGAUGUCUAUCACACAAGAGCUGGCCAACAGACAGAAAGGAGUCAACUUCAUAACGCAGGUCGGCAUCAUGUUAAAGUUGCCCCAGAUGACACUCGCUACGGCCUCCGUCUACCUGCAUCGUUUCUUUAUGCGCCACGCCAUGGUUCAGAACAAUAGGCCGGGGUUCCAUCACUACUCGGUCGCAGCGACUGCUAUUUUCUUGGCGACGAAGGUGGAAGAAAACUAUCGGAAGAUGAAGGAGCUGGUGGUCGCAUGUUGCCGGGUCGCCCAAAAGCAGCCGAAUCUGGUGGUGGACGAACAAAGCAAAGAGUACUGGAAAUGGCGAGACACCAUUCUGCACAAUGAGGACCUGUUACUCGAAGCCUUGUGCUUUGAUCUGCAGCUCGAGCAGCCAUACCGUAUCCUCCUCGACUUUCUGCGGUAUUACGACGUCCAGGCCAACAAACAACUACGAAACACGUCCUGGGCUUUCUUGAACGACUCCCUUGUUACCACCAUGUGCCUCCAGCUGACGCCUUCGGCGAUUGCGGGCAGUGCCUUAUACAUGGGGGUCAAGUUUGCGGGCAUCACUAUUCCUGACGAUGAAAGGGGCAGACCCUGGUGGGAGCAGUUGGGUGUCGAUAUCCGGGACAUCCAGAAAGGUUGCAAUCUGAUGGCAGAUGUCUACGAGAACCCGGCUCUACCACGCCAAGGUCAAAAAGACGCGUAUACCAGAGAUGACGAUCUUGCAAUGUUUGACCGAACCCGACAAACCGCCACACCUCAGCCUGACCUGUCGCCUGUCGGGAGUGCAAAGAGUGGGAGUCAAGGUGCCAAACGCGAUAGAGAUAUGGUCGACGAUCCAAAUUCAGGGGAAUGGGGAUCGAGCAUGCCCUCACAGCGACCCGCUGGAGAGGAUCAGUCAGCACCUUCACCCAAGAGAAUCCGUCGAGAUUCACGGGAUGACAAUGCCAGCCUCCCUCAAAGGAUGCCGCACCGUCACCCUGCGACCUCGGCGGACGGCCGACCUCCCAACGAGUCCAGAGGCACCGGCGACGAUGUGCAGAGGAGAAUUGACGAGAUUGUGAAUGCGUCGUCUAGCAAAGCGCCACAAUCUAAUCAGCCCCGCAGGCCAUCUGUACAACCGUCCCACCAAACUCAUACUCGGAGACAUUCGUCGGGAGGCUCCAAUUGGAACGGCCCACCUUCGUCUUACAGCAAUGGCCACGCAGACCAAGCUCCAUCACAACACCGACCGGAAAGUCAUGAUAAUGGUAUGUAUACUCAACCCGAAGACGGCGAUCCUGCAAGAAUGCCAUCCCGAGUGCCUCCAGUUUACCCUGCACACGAAAGACCGCCGCAGCCACCAAGACCAGAACCAGUGUCGAACGGCAUCGAUGAUCUAGACGAUGCUGAAAAGGUCGACUACGGCAGCGAAGAAGGCGAGCUGUAG